AUGAGCUCGACUGUGCAGCCCUGGUUGCGCCGCGCCGUCCUGCGCCUGGUCCAGCAGCAGCUUGCAGACGGCAGCGACGUUGCCGACCUCGAGAUCCUGCCGGGCGGGCCCGUGCAGGUCGUCAAGUUCCUCAGCUUUGCAGACGAGCACGACCCGGAAAAGGCUGACGAUAUUUGGGCGCAGGUGUCCGACCCAGAGCACACCGCCCUUGUCCUGUUCGACCGGACCGCCGUGCAGCGCCACCAAAAGUGA